AUGGAUAGCAACAAUGUGCAAGCCAAGAAAGCUAGAUAUAAUGAGACUAAAAUCGCUUUAAUUGAUUACUUGAAUGAAUUGAAAAGUUCAAACUUGAAUUCAACCCAUUCAUUACCUCCUGAAAUUGAAGAUGCAAUAAAUAAUCAAUUUUCGAAUUUAUCAAUUGAGGAAUCGGAACUUUUACUAGAAGAAAUUAUUUAUCCCGGUAUAUUGAUCUUAAUAGAUCAUCCAAACGCACUAAUAGGAGAUGCGAUUUUACGGAUAUUUUUACUUAACUCUGUGAAGACAGUUUUGCUUUCAUCUAAAGUAGACUUUACGAAGUUUAUCUCUAUUUUCAACAUUGAAGAUUGGUUGAAACUUGAACCAAGAGCAAUCUGCAUGAGAAUAUCUAUAAUUUCGGCUCUAAUUGAAUCUAGAGUCAUUAUUAAUGGAAUUUUAUCAGACUUAAAACAACUAGUGGCAUUGAUUUUCAAAGGGUUUCAAAAUGAAACAUAUUUUAUUCAGUUAUCUGCUACAAAGCUUAUUUCUUUAUUAAUUAAUAUGAAAAUUUUGGAAAAUUUCAUCUUGCAAGAAUUUUUAACUUUUCAGAGUAAUUUGAUUUUAUCAUUAAAAAUACAAGUUUCUGAUGGCUUAAUAAAUAGACUUCAGUUUUAUAAAUAUUUAUUCAGUGACAUUAAUACAAGAAAAUUUCUAUUUCAAAAUAAUAUUGAAUUAAAAAACGAACUAGAAAAUCAUUCUUCAAUAAAUGGUAAAAAACCAAGAUUUCAAAUUUUAAAUGAAUUCUGCAACUUUGUACAUUUUCUUGUUUUUCACAAUGAUAUUUUGAUCUCAAAUCAAGGAAUUGAACUUUUUAAUUUGGCAUUAUCUGAUGAAUCAAGAUUAUACUCCAACAACUUUCAAGUGUUUAUUAAGGAUGUAAUCAAUUCUGUUAAAGCUUUUAUCAGCACAUUUUCUCCAAAAGAGACCAGAAAACACCUCAUAAACAAAUUCUCAACAAAUUUGAAACUUUUAAACAUUGUUAUUGGAAAUAACAAUUCUAACUUUCUUGUAAAUUCUGAUUUUGGUAUUCUUAUUAUAAAUUUCAUUUCUUCAAUUUUGAAAUAUUAUCCUGAAUUUACAAACAAUAGUGUUUUUAUAGAAAGAGGAGUAGUCGUGAUGUUAUUGAAAAUAGCUUCUUCAUUUAAGCUAUUCACAAGAACAAAUGAUAAUACUGAAUUGGUUCAUGGCAAAACUUCCACUAAUUCACAAAAUGAAUUGACAGAAUUGGAGAUAGAGUUUAUGAUUAAUUACUUUGUUUAUUCUUUUGAAAUAAAUAAACUAUUACUAAUUAAUUUAUCUCAAAUAUCGUCUAUAUUUCAAAUUACUGAGCCUCAAAUAAUAAACUAUUCAACUUUACUGCUAAGUAAAAACAUAAUUAGUUGCAAAAAAUUCGUAAAUUCAUCGUUCUUUACAAAUUUCAAUUUAAAAAUUGGAGAAUUGUUGUCUAUUUAUGAGCAAGAUGAUUUAUCUAAUUGGCAAUUGUUCCUCCUAAUUAAAUAUUUAAUUUUGUUGUAUUCUUUAGACCUUAUAAAACUUAUACCAAACUCUUCGCAUUCAAAAACAAUUAAGAUGAUUUCAGAAGUAAUUUUUACAAAUUUCAACCGUAAUUCAGAUUCAUGUACUAAAUUGGAAAUAAGAAAGUAUAGUUUAAUUGGCCCUAACGUUAUUUUAACAUGUUUUGAUCUUUUAAAUUUGGUAUUCAAAGUACCAAACUUAAGCAAAUCACUGUUUGAGCUUUCAUUUUCAAUAUCGGAGGAGCUACUAAGAAUUUGCCUAUCUUUCAAAAUUUCUAGAGUAAAAAUGGUUAGAGGGGAGUUAUUUCAUGAUGAUUAUGUGGAAUUUCUUGUUAAGAUAAUUUCAAUAUUGAGGAACACAGAUAUUCCAGCUAACUCAAGAUUAGUUCUAUGUCCUGAUAUUUUAGAUUAUAUCUCGGAAUUUUCAAAAAAUGGGUUUUCACCAACUACCCUAGAUUGCAUUUUCUUUUUGAUUGAAAUUUUCCUAAGAAACUCACCAGAAAAUAUAGAGAUUGGGAUAAUAGAAAACUUAAUUGAAAGACUGCUCCUUUUUUAUAUUCCAUAUGAACAGCAGGAUGGUUAUCUGCAGUUUUACAAUUCAUACAAACAGUUAUGUAGUAUUCACGGAAGGCCUACAUAUCUUCCAGAUCCGGUUCAAAUAAAUGAAGAUUUUGUUCCAAAUGACUACAGCAUACAACAUAAGUACAUGCUUAAUGAUCAGUUUUGUGUUGAUAGCAUUAUAGGUAGAUUUGCAGAAUGUAAUUUAGACUGCAUUGGUGAAUAA